AUGAUGAAAGCAAAACAACUGCUUGUGGUCGGGUUUUUGUUUCCACUGCUUCUUUUUAUCAUUCACACCACAAAGUCCGUUUCAGCUCACAAAGACAACGCAGUGGCUGUAACCAUAGAGGAUCAAAAGCAAACAAACAGAGGAAGACGAAGUGGUGGCGGUCAGAAUCGUGGACGCAGAAGCUGCGAUCCUCUCUAUCAAUACUUAUUCGGAACAUGUGGUCGCUGGCCUUUUCCUAUCACACCUUCGCCUGAUAAUCCUUUUCUCCCUUUCCGACCACCGCGUCCACCACCACGUCCGAGACCGCGUCCAAGACCAUCUCCACCACCGUUGGUCCCUUCUCCACCACCUCCGCGUCCAAGACCAAAUCCACCGCCGCUUGUUCCAUCGCCACCACCACCUCCGCUGGUUCCGUCUCCACCUCCACCUCCGCCUGCGCCGCUCGUUCCUUCACCACCUCCUCCUUCUCCACCACCGUUUUUCUCGUUCCCUUCACCACCACCGCCAGUGAUGGUGUUUCCGCCUCCUUUAGUGCUGUCUCCUCCACCACAGCAACCAGGCUUGGAUCCGACGUUACAGCCUCCGCCUUUCUGGCUUCCGCCCGCACCUCCUCAAGACGAUUUUCCGCCGAUGUUCUCUCUUCCACCGCCGUUGGAAGAUUUUCCACCAAUGCCACCAAUAACUUGGCUCCCUCCUCCGGAUGUUCCGGCCCAGUCCUCUAUUCCCCAGUUGACGCCGCCUUGA